CAGGCUCGGAAUGUGCUGAUUCGAGAAGGACGUGAAGCGAACCGACACCGGGUUCCUGGCGAUAGCAACAGAAGUGGAGAAUGAUGGAGAGAAAGUCUCGGAACCUCCAGAAAAAAUCAAGGACUUACUGAAGGAGUUCCAAGACAUUCUUCCCGACGACCUCCCGGACGAACUACCGCCAUACCGAACGCACCAACACGAGAUCGUGGAGGAACCAGGUUCGAAACCGACCUUCCGAGCACCAUAUUGGCUAAGCCCCAUAGAACUAGCCGACAUGAAGAAGCAGAUCGAGUAUAUCCUCGCCAAAGGACUCAUCCGACCAUCCAUUUCGCCAUACGGUGCCCCUGUACUCUUCGCACCGAAACCGGACGGAAGCCUGCGCAUGUGCAUCGACUACCGAACUCUCAACAAGCAGACCAUCAAGAACAAAUAUCUGAUACCACGAAUCGAUGACAUGCUUGACCAGCUUCGGGGAGCUACGGUACUUUCAAAACUAGAUCUGCGGUCCGGAUACUGGCAGAUAAGAAUGGCGGACGAUUCCAUUCAGAAAACUGCCUUCCGAACUCGGUACGGAUCGUACGAGUAUUUGGUCAUGCCGUUCGGACUCACCAACGCACCUGCAACAUUCCAAGCAGACAUGAAUCAUAUCCUACACCCACUCUUGGACGAAUGCGUGGUGGUGUACCUGGACGACAUCCUCAUCUACUCGCGCAACAUGCAACAACACGUCGAGCACCUACGACGCGUCUUCGAAAUUCUUCGACGAGAACGCUUCUACGUCAAACUAUCCAAGAGCGACUUCGCCCUCAAGAAGGUCCAAUUCCUCGGACACAUCGUAAGCGCUCAAGGAGUUCACGUCGACCCCAAGAAAAUCGAAGCCGUGCGUACGUGGAAGACACCCGAGAACGUGAAGGAGUUACAACAGUUCCUUGGCUUUGCUAACUACUACAACAGGUUCAUGCCACAAUUCGCGAAGAUCUCCAUGCCACUCACGAAUCUGCUAAAGAAGAACACGCCCUAUAAAUGGGAGCCACAACACCAGGAAGCCAUGGAGCUGCUGAAACAAGCACUCACGUCCGCACCCGUACUCAUCUUGCCAGACCCCGAACGCGACUACGUCAUCGAAGCUAACGCCAGCGACCAGGCAGUGGGAGCAGUCUUGAUGCAAGACCAGGGGAAUGGACUGCAACCAAUCGUCUACCUCAGCAAGAAACUACACGGAGCAGAACUCAACUACCCGAUACAUGACAAGGAGGCCCUGGCUAUCAUCAUUGCCUUCAAAACGUGGAGAUGCUAUCUCGAAGGACGCAAGACGACAGUCUACACCGACCAUUGCAGCCUAAAAUAUUUGAAGACGCAACCAAGCCUCUCCAGGGGGCAGGUCCGGUGGAUUGACUUCCUCGAGACACACUUCCACUACGACAUUGUGUACAAGCCCGGCCACAAAAACAAAGCAGACACGCUUAGCCGGCCUGCACACGUUGCCGCCAUCCAAGUUGAAGGGAUGAAUCCACUCCUCAAGGGACUCUUCACACACGGGUACACCAUCGACCCCGAAAUACCCUUGGCAGAAAAGCGACAUCUGCAGUGGGACAACGACAUCGCGUACCGGAAAGGAUCAAUGAAGAUCUGGUUCUCCAAAAUGGGACACUUCAUCUCGACACACACGACAGCACGCACCGAGGAGACAGCACAACUCUUCGUUCGCUACAUCAUCUCACAACAUGGCAUUCCGACCACACUCAUCUCCGACCGAGACCCUAAGUUCACCGGUAAAUUCUGGAAAGAACUGAUGUCUCUGCUCGGAACCAAACUCGCCAUGUCAUCCGCAUACCAUCCGCAGACAGAUGGACAGACCGAGCGCCUCAACCAAAUUGUGACGCAACUCCUCUGCGCAGCCUGCAAGGACGACAUCUCCAAAUGGGACUUGCAUCUGCCCGUCCUGGAGUUUGCCUACAACAAUGCUACCCACGCCGCUACUGGACAGACGCCGUUCCUCCUCUGUUACGGACGCCACCCACUCACACCUCAACAACCAACCAUACCAGCCACAGUCCAACCCGCUCAUGAUUUCAUCACGACCAUGCACAAACUUUGGGAUCGGACCCACAAGCGCCUUCUCGACAUACAGCAACAACAGAAGCGCCAAGCCGAUCGCCACCGCACAGAACACACCAUCACCGUGGGAGACCGAGUACUACUCGAUACACGCAAUCUUGACAUCAGCCAUCUCCCAUCCAAACUGCGACCUCGCUUCUGCGGACCUUUUCUCGUUGAAGCACAGGUCACUCCUGUUACCUUCCGCUUACGCCUGCCAGCUACCUGGAAGAUUCACAACGCCUUCCAUGUUCAACUCUUGAAGCCCUACCGAGAUCCCAACACGGUCUUCUCUGGACGCCAACCGCCGCCACCGCCGCCCGUCCUCGUCCAUGAUGAACCCGAGUACGAGGUCGAGUCCAUGCUUGCUCAACGCUGUCGACGGAAUGGCACCGUGGAGCUUCUCAUCCGUUGGAAGGGUUAUGAUCCUUCAGAGGAUAGUUGGAUCUCUGAAUCCGAGAUGGAUCACACUCGUCGUCCUCUUCGCGACUACCUUGUCAAGCAGGGAUAAGAUAAACCUGGUUACCUGAU